GUGUGUGUGUGUGUGUGUGUGUGUCUAUUUGUGUGCCGAAGUGAGCGACCAAAAGAAAGCGAGCAAGAGAGAUCCAGUUGCAUUAUAGGUUGACAACAGCCCUUGUCUGUUCACCUGUGGGACACUUGUGACCUUCAUACUAGAGUCAGGUCACAACAUCAAUGGAGGCACACAAAUCCUCACCAUGGACCUGAUGGGGAGAAAAACUGCAACAUUGAAUAAAGCAGAAAUCACCUGGCUGUGCUGGACUCUUCAAUGACACAGAGAGAAGCUCCAUGCUGGCAGGACACAGAGGGAUCUGAAGGAGCCAGAGCAGUUCUCCCACCAUUCUCCUUGAGAGCAGAAUUUGGCAGUCCAGGAUGAUGCAACAGAUCUUGAGAGACAUGUUUGUAGACCCAGAGCUUCUGGCAGAACUGAAUGAGGAGCAGAAGCAGAUUCUUUUCUACAAAAUACGUCAGGAGCAAGUGCGACGAUGGACAGCGUGUGAGGGUAGUUGGGAAAAUCCUCUGGUCAAGGAGAGAGAUGAAAGCAGGAAGAGUGUCCAGUGGCUGCAGGGCAGAGAUGGUGAGGUGUGGGUCUGGGUAAUGGGGGACGCUCCUGGAGACAAACCAUACGAGCUGAUUGUCAAAGAGCUGAUGGAGGAAAGAGCCAGGCGACAGGCUCAACUAGAAGCCCAGGAGCUCUGGCGUAGGAAAGAGGAAGAAAUAAAGCAAAAGUUCAGACAUGCCAUCACAAAGGAAAAAGCGCGCCUAGUUGCAGGCAAGUGGAAGGAAGAAGCAGAGGACAGGAAGGCAGCCAAGCAGGAAGAGGAACGAAUACAAGAGAAGCUAAAGAAACAAGAGGAAGAGGAGAGGCAGAGGGAAGAGGAGGAGAUACGUCGUGCAGAGGAAAAAAGAGCGAAGGAACUAUAUAUGUCCCUUGAGCAAGAACAAAAAAAAAGUGAACAACGUGACAAAGCGUGGGAGGAACAUUUGUGCCGCUGCAAAGCAGCAGAUGAGGAGAUGACAAGAAAAGCUUGCUGGGCAAGAGAUGAGUAUAAGCGUCAGUCACUGCGAGCCAUUGAGAAAGGUCAUGUAGCUGGUCUGAGUGGCCACUUCCAGAAACAAUCCCAACGUAGACACAGUGCUUUCAUCGAACCAUCUGCUAGUCCAGUCUCCAGCAAUGAAGUCAGACCCAAACCCGGUCUUCAACGUGCAGAACCCCCGUUAUACAGACGAAGACAAAGUCGCAGGCACAGUACAACAACAACGACACAACCACUAAUGGACAGCCCUGCAUGGUUGCAAACACCACGACCUGGUUCCAGAGAGCUGGUUAUACUCUGGUUCAAUGAGGAGCAGAAACCAAAACAAGCAGGAUAUGAAAGAAAUGGCAAGGCUAUCGCCCCAUGGUUCCACGGCAUCAUCUCUCGGGAGGACUCAGAGACCCUGCUUAUGAAUGCUGCUGUGGGCUCUUUCUUGGUACGGGUCAGUGAAAGGAUAUGGGGCUACACACUGUCUUAUCGUACUGCCAGCGGAUUCAAGCAUUUCCUUAUCGAUGCUUCUGGAGACUAUUACAGCUUUCUGGGUGUGGACCAAAACCGUCAUGCCACCCUUGCUGACCUCAUUGACUUCCACAAGGAGGAAAUCAUCACGACUACAGGGAAAGAGCUGCUGCUUGAGGCCUGCACGCGGACUGGACCCUCAAAAGACUUCGGUGGGCUUCUCCCAUGACUCCUCAUAUGCAGGACUUCAAAGUAACAGGGUGAUCGCUGCAUUUCAAAGAACGCAGUCCAAAAUAAACAAGACUCCAUCCUCUG